AUGGGAAAAUCUUUAAGAUCCAGUAAAAAUAUUUUUAAAAGGGGAGUUGAUGAUUCAAAGGCAUUAAAGUGGGUGAGAAACAUAUCCCCACUUUUUUUUAUGAGCGAGUUUAUAUAUAUAUUAUUUUUGAGAUAUAAUGAUUAUAUGUUAAGUACCAGAUAUAAAUCAGAAGUGACUGCAGAUACUAGAAAGAACAUAUAUAACAUAUUGAUACUUUUAUAUUUCUUAAAACCUCUUUUUGCUUUUUUGACGGAUAAUGUAUAUUUUAAUAUAAAUAAUAUAUUUUUAUUUAUAUUGCAAAAAGCACAUGAGCUAUGUAAUUGGAUUAAAGAUGGAUUAUAUUAUUGCGCUAAAGUAGUAUAUAAUGGGAAACACUUAUUUUUAAGGAUGUUUUUUAGAAAAUAUUUGAAUGAUGGACUAUCAUCAGGGAAAAAAUAUUUUAAAAAAUGUACAAUACAUAGUAAUAAUCCAUAUGUUAAUAAUUUUUUGUAUUUCCCUUUAAAUAGAAAGUAUUAUGUCAUUAUAACUGAACUUAUAACAACAGUACUGCUACUAUUUAUAUAUAUUUUUAAUAAUAAGAUAAAAUAUAAUUGGUAUUUAUUUACAAUUUUUAUAAUUUCAAGUCAAAUGUUAUUAUCAUCAUGUGUUUUUGAAGGUGUUGUAGUUGAAAAAUGUCGAAGAAAAAUGCACUUUGAACAAAUCUUUUAUAUAUCUUAUGUAAUGUGCAUAAAGAUAUUUUCAUCUCUUAUGCUAUAUUAUAUAUAUAUAUUAAAAGUUAGUAUUUUUAUAUUAAUUUUAAAAAGUUUUAUUAUUUUUGUCAUUUCAUGUUUAUCGAGCGAAGAAACACUUUUAUUAAAUGAUGAUUGUGAUGUACAGAAUAGUUUGAUAUUAAAAGAAGGGAAUAGAAGUAUUAAUGCCAAAAAUACAGUAGAUUUAUUAUCACAACUUGCUGUUUUAAAAAAAAUAUUGUUGAAUGAAAAUUUACUUAAAAUACUUUUUCUUUUAAUCUUAUUCAAUUCAUCGAUAGAUACAAAAUUCCCAAUUUUAAAUCAUGGGAUUAAAAAUUAUAGUUGGCCAAAUUCGUUGGUUAAUUAUGUUCCCCUCGUAUCACAAUCAUCAAAAUUAAUAGGAAUAUCCAUAUUUCAAUUAUAUACAAAUAAAAAGCGAUACGAAAGUUAUGCUAUGAUAACAAUAUUAAUUAACAUAUUACUUAAAAUAGGAAGCUUAAUAUACUUUUAUUAUAAUAAGAACACAUAUGUGAGUCCAGUAUUAGUUUUACUUAAUAUCAUAGUUCAAAAUAUAUCUAUAAAAAUAUUAGCGCUUCCAAUAUUAUUAUUAUGUAUACAGAAAGCACCCCUAAAUUUAGAAUCAACUUUAAUUAAUAUAUAUAUUUUUUCUUUUAAUUUGUCAAACUUAAUUAGUAAAAGAUAUUUCAUGUGGGAUAUUAUAUUACAGAUGCCAAAAAAUGUUUUUAUUGUUUUGCUUCUUUCUUUUUUUACUACAUGUACGAGCCUAUUCUAUUAUUUUAAUAUCUCCUUAGAUAUACUAAAUAAUAUGUAUAUAUCCUCCCCAUUAAAUUUAGAAGAUAAAGAUAAUAUUUAUUUGAAAUCAAAUAAGCCACAAAGGAAAAGUUAUUUUAAUAUCAAUUUAUUUAAUAAAGCGGAAAAAAAUCACGCCCUUAAAAAGACUGUUCGUUUUAAGGAUGAAAACAUAAAGACACAUAAAACCAAAGAUGAAGAAAUGAAAAAUAAAAAUAGUGAAUUCCAAAUAUCAUCAAAUUCUAAUUCAGAUAGUGAUCAAUGGCUGAUAAUCGAUAAUUUAAAGGGGGAAAUGCGGAGGAAAUAUGCAGAUAAUAAUCCGUCGUUUUUUUGA